CCGCUUUUUAAACUACUACUUAGCUAAAUGAUUAAACCGCUAAUCAGUACCUUAAAAGCUAUUGCCGAAGGUCCAAAAAGGUUCUUAAAACCAACCCGAAACAUCCCACCAACCAAAACACCCUCAUAUCACCGUUGUGAUUGUGAAAUUGGGUAAAAAAAAAAUUUCACUUACUAACCAGCUAUCUCCGAUUUCAAAAUUCAAAAUCGUCUUCAAAAAUUGGCAUACUUUCUCUUUUAUUAUUGUAUACUCCACUACAAACUGUUCAUCAUACCUCCAUUCUUCAUUUCUUCUCUUCUCCGGCAAUCAUACUAUACUCUACCAUUGAUUCAAACGUCGAGGAGAGAGAAAAUUUUCUGGGGUUUCUCUCUUCUCAACAAUGGUGUUGUUGGCCGCAAGCGGCGGCGACACCGUUAAACUUUUCGAUGUUUCCGUUGAGUCCGGCGAUCCUUGUUUACUGAGUUAUACUCCAUCGCCUGGUUUUCAAGUUAACUCCGUCAAAUGGAAUCAUACCAAUUUGGUGGUUGCGAGUGCUGGAGAUGAUAAGAAGAUUACAUUGUGGCGUAAAAAUGGACAGAGUAUGGGGACUAUUCCUAUUUUAGGGUCUGAAUCUGGGGACAAUAUUGAGGAGGCUAUAUCAUCCAUUAGCUUCAGUAACAAAUCCUCUAGAUACUUGUGUUCCGGGGGAAGUGGUCAAGUUGUUAGAAUAUGGGAUCUACAGAGAAAGCGUUGUAUCAAAUGGUUGAAAGGUCAUACUGGCUCAAUAUCAAGUGCUAUGUAUAAUUGCAAAGAUGAACACUUGGCUUCCAUCAGUACAAACGGGGAUCUUUUGGUCCACAACCUUGCCUCUGGAUCUAGAGCUGCUGAACUGAAGGAUCCUCACGGACAGAUGUUGAGAGUACUUGAUUAUUCUCGAGUAAGCCGGCAUCUCUUGGCAACAGCUGGUGAUGAUGGCUCUGUUCAUUUGUGGGAUACAACCGGUAGAAGUCUGAAGGUCUCUUGGUUAAAGCAGCAUUCAGCACCUACUGCUGGUCUGAGCUUUUCUCCUUCAAAUGACAAGAUGAUUGCUACAGUUGGUCUUGAUAAAAAGCUUUAUACUUUCGACUCAGGCACGAAAAGGUCUUCGUUUUGCAUUUCUUAUGAAGCCCCCUUUUCUUCAUUGGCAUUCAGAGAGGAUGGCUGGAUAUUGGCUGCUGGAACAAGCAACGGUCGUGUGGUUUUCUAUGAUGUUCGUGGAAAACCUCAGCCUUUUACUGUUCUUCGUGCUUAUGGACAUUCAGAGGCUGUCACAAGUUUAUGUUGGCAAAGAUCAAAGCCCGUCGAUGUGAAUGAGAAAAACUGCACGGCUGAUAUAGCUCUUUUAGGAGGGGCUGUCGAGGACUCAAUUUUAAUGCCUGACCCGCUUCCUUCUGCAACAUUAACCAGUGCUCCACAAGCAACAACUUUUUCUGGUCCUCGUCGUUCGAGCUCUGCUGUGGAAUCAUCCUUUGCUGCAACUUUUACGAACAAUAAUCAGAAUUCAGAGGAAACUCCUCAUAGAAGCUCAUUGAGGACUGGUGGAGUAUUGCCAAGAUUACAAGCAACUAGGAACUAUAACUUUAAGGAUGAUAUGGAUGUUUUCUCCCCACUCUUAGAUGUUCCAAUCACACCCUCACUUGAUAAACUAUGGAAUGACAAUGAUUUAUCCCGAAAAGACCAACCUGGCGAUAAAAAAGUCUCUCCACUAUUUCCCAAUCGAAAAUUCACACUUCCGGAAACUGUUAAUGAUAUACACCCAAUUUUUGACUGGAAACCCGGUCCAGCUGCUAAACAGGAUGACUUCCAUUCAUCGAUUCCCGGUUCCACUCCUACUGCAUCGUCCAGAAGUGAGGAUUCAUCUAUUACUCCUCCAGAAGCAUGGGGUGGUGAGAGACUAUCAGAUAAGAUUGCCCUUCAUCGUCAAUCUCUAGCAUCACGUCUCAGUAUGUCAACAUCUACCAGUACAUCGACUUCAACGUUCACUGGAUUGCAAGAUCCAUCUGCAAGCCAGUCUGCCUUGAGUUACUCCACGAGCACAAGUCUUAUGUCAAACUUUCGAGCAAAAGAUACAUCAUCUGGACAAGAAAAUUCACCUGGAACAUUUGGACAUGUCCCCUUUAGUGCUCUCUUGAAUGUUGGUUCAAAACCUGCCACAGGUCAGGCAAAUCCUGAAGCUAUUGGAUCUUUGAAUCCUUCCCGAAGAUUUUCCACCUAUGCUGAAAGGAUUGGCAGUUCUGCAGCAUUUACUGAUGGAGUUUCUGCUUCAUUGGGUUCGCCUAAAACCAAGAAAACAGGAGUUGAAACCCGGGAAGAACUUCAGAAUAGUUUGUUGGCCAGAUCUGAUACAACAUAUGCCGCUGAACCUGGAUUGCUUCCAUCUGUUAAUGGAGCACCAAAUUUACAUCAGAGAACACCUCAAGCUGACCUGCAGCACGGAUCCUCCAACUUCACCCUUCAACUGUUUCAACAUACGCUACAAGAAACUCUAUCAUCCUUCCAAAAAUCAAUACAUGAAGAUGUGAGGAAUCUUCAUAUUGAAAUUCUAAGGCAAUUUCAUAUGCAAGAGACAGAAGUUUCAGGUUUUAUGAACAGAGUCGUGGACAAACUAGAUUCUCUUACGGAAGAAAUUCAGGCAUUGAAGAAAGAAAAUGAACAGCUUCGCCAAUUGCUUUGAAAACUCAAAGAUCUUCGGAUUUUCUUUGUAUUCUUUUAUUUGGAGGAGGGUGUUUGGUUGUUGGUUCCAUUUUUAUUCUUUCUUUUUUGGGGUUUUCCUGUAUGCAUCACCGAGUGGGUGAUGCUUUUUUUUUUUUUUUUUUCCUUUUUAAUUCCAAUUUCCUGAGCCAAGACAAUUUUUUUUUUUUUUUUUUUGGCUUAGCAUUGCAGGAAAUUAUGUGAUUAUAGCUAGAGAAAAUGAGUGUUAGGAUUACAAGGCUUUUUGUCUCCGUGAUUUGAAUUGUGUGAAAAAAGAAAAAAAAAAAAUGCUAAUCCUUUUGAUUAUCAAAUUAUGCAGUUUGGCCCUUGAUUCAAGAUUUCAAAUUCAACCCAAUUCUGUAAUGAGAAUUAACUAUUACUGAA